CUUAGCACGAACCGUAGCCUUUUAAAAAUAUUUUGUUAUCUUAGUAACAAUGGCGAUGCCUUUUCUGUCAAAGUGUUUGUAACCUAUUUAGCUAGUGAACAGGGGGGAGCAACGGGAGCCUGAGAGGGGGAUCCCCCAAUGAAGAAGGAGCAAGCACUAAAUCUUGGGGUACAAACACACUUGGAAAAUCAAUCUAGAUAUCACAUUCAGCAAAGCCAGAAACACCAAGUGAAACAAUACUUGACACUUGACACCAAGCUCUCCAGUCAAACAGUCUCACUGUCCCACUGCCAUACCGUCCAGCCUGCAGGAGCUACACCCGUACAAAGAAACGGACACAUGCCUCCUGUCAGCGAUAUUGGUGCUCCAGAAAGUCCGGUUACCAAGUUACUGGGUCUUGGAGGACAACAUGAAAAUGUGAUGGAGGAGGUUAUUGAUGACAUCAUCAAUAUGGAAUCAAGUUUUAAUGACGAAGGGAUAGGUUACUCCGAAGCUACACUACUAAUGCAAAGAACUCUGUCCAGUAGCAUUUUGGAUAUAUACAACAGGGACCAAGGAUUGUCACCUGCUAAUAUGGGUCUUUCAAAUGCUUCGUGCCCAUCUUCUCUACCAGUAAAAAGGGAAAUCACAGAAGCAGAUAAACGAGCAAUGGCAAAGGAGAGGCAAAAAAAGGACAACCACAACCUCAUUGAAAGAAGAAGAAGGUAUAAUAUUAAUUACCGAAUCAAGGAGCUUGGCACGCUUAUUCCAAAAUCUAAUGAUCCUGAUAUGCGCUGGAACAAAGGAACUAUUUUAAAAGCAUCAGUGGAGUACAUCAAGUGGCUACAAAAAGAACAACAGAGAGCUAGAGAAUUAGAACACAGACAGAAGAAAUUAGAGCAGACUAACAGAAGACUUCUACUUCGAAUUCAGGAACUAGAAAUACAGGCUCGUGCACAUGGGCUACCACUCAUGUCUUCACUCAGUGCUGUGGAUGUAGCUGCCCAGGUCAUCAAGCAACAGACAUAUCCAGAGGAGAAUUCCAUAGACUAUUCUCAGCAACUGGUUCUGGUACAUGGACCAAGUGCUGACCUUUGUGAUGGAUCAACAGCCUUUUCUGAUCCUCUCUCGCAUUUCACCGAUUUGUCUUUUAGCGCUGCUUCAAAAGAAGAACAAAGGUUAGAGGAAAUCUUACUGGAUGACACAAUAUCACCAUUUGGAACAGAUCCACUCUUGUCUUCAAUAUCGCCUGCUGCAUCAAAAGAGAGCAGCAGAAGAAGUAGCUUUAGUACAGAUGAUGGAGAUGAUUUCUAAAACUAGAAAGGGCAUAAUUAAUGUUUAUAAUCAUUUGCUGGUGCUAAGAGAUUGUGUUAUGAAUUUAGUGUGAUGUUUGUACUCAGUUCAAAGAAGGUGGAGAACUGUUGUGCACAUAAGCUGCUGCAUGGGUAGGAUGUAGGUGAGUGCAUAUUUCACAGAAAGAUGAAAGAUGGACAUGGAUUCAUAUCUCUUUGCCCAGAAUUGACUACAUCUGUUCAGAGCUACCAUUUGCACAGACCCUUCCUUAUUCACUGGGAAGGCUUUAGCCAUUCCCCUCUGCAUUCUCACAGCAGUAUUAAGAUGGUUCCCAGGAAAAUGAACACCCACAUUGCAAAAACUUAUUUGAAUGCUCUGUCGAAUCUACCACUCGCUUCUCUCAAAUUUAACCAUGAGCUUUAGUCAGAAAUAUUUGCUAAUUUCUUUUUAAGUGAAAAGGAGAAAUUUCAAUAAAUACAAUUGCAACACAACAAUGAGGAAAUGUUCGAAUGUGAUGUUCCUGCAAUAGAGAGGUUACAAACAUCAAAAAAAGGGAGCACAGCACUCCUGUCAGAGUAAAGUCAGCAGAAAUUCAGCGCUUCAUGAACUGCAUCUCCUUCUUUUUAUAAUGAAACCACAAAGUCCAUAAAGUUGUUUUUAGAAUCCUUAUAAUUUCCAUUUUAUUCCCAUUUAGAAAAGCAUCCAAUAUUUUGAUUAUUUUCAAAUGCUUUAGUGUAACCGAAGAAAAACAAAAACUAACAUAAUGAUAGUGAUUUAAAAGAAUUAAUCAGACAGAAACAGAUGCAAGGUUUAAGCAGCUUCAAGGCAGAUUCUGUUCAGGCAACAAAACAUACUAAGAGUGCAGGUAUGUUCAAGACACAAUUAACAUAUUCAGUGUUACAGUUAGUAUAAAUAAAAACAGCCAUUAGUGCUAAUAUGGCUAACACCAGCUCUUUGUUGCAAACUCUUUUCUCUACUGUUUUUCUUGAAAAACCUUUUUCCAGAUGUGAAUUGUACCUUGUUUCCUGUUGUGGCAUAAUAAGGUUUUUCUAAAUGGAUUAUAUCUAAAUUGAUACCUACGUCUAUGAGCCAGUUGGAUAUGGAAGCCAAUGCAUUGGAUUCCCUUUAUAUACAUUUUGUCAGAGAGAAUUUCACUUUAAAUUCAUCUCUAGAUUCACUAUAAAAGAUUAAGUAGGCAGACCUUGGAAUCAUCAGGGAUAUUCCUGAUACCUAUUGAUAUGAUCCACUGCUUCCUAACAUGCUACUACUGAGCACUCACAAAACAUGGUGGAUUGAUAACCCCACAGAGGUUUGGCAGUUGGAGGGCAGGUAGAAGACACAAGAUUUUUGUACAUAGUGGGAUUUUGGAGAGUGAUGUAUAUACUUGUAAUAGAAGAAGUGCAAUCAUUAUCAAUCUAAUCGUAAUACACUGGAAGUUGAGCUGGCCCAAGUUCUUCAGAGCUUUCCUCAACUGAGUCAAAAGAGCAUUGUGCUCAGAAGUCAAAUGAGACCUCCUGGAAUAUCCAUUCAGGUUGCUAAAUGGGUAGUUCCCUUAGGUAGAUGUUUUUACAGGGGCCAUAGCCCAGGCCUGACUAGUAUGCUACAGCAUAUCCAAACAGUUUGAGGUCUAUAGUUUCCUUGUCUGGUGUACUCUUGAUGGAAUUUUAUCUUCUCAUUCCAUUUCACUUGGACUGACUUCGGUGCUUUGCUAGGAGUUUAAGACAUGGGUUUAUAAAUUGUAUAAUUGCAUCCAAGGGUCUAGGAAGCAUUGCAGACAUGUAGUAAAACCAAUCUCUAUCUGUCUAAAGGAAACAUUUGAGUUUUUCUGUCAACUCAAGGAGUUCUAUUAGCUCAUAUAAAUCAAAUGAUUUAGCCUGUAAGUGCUUUGGGACAGGGACUCUCUUCUUGUUAUAUGAGUGUAUGAGUGCCUAUUACAAUGGGGCUCUGAUCCUUGAUUGAGGCCCCUAGUUGUUACUACAAUGCAAAUAAUAAAUAAUAACAACUGACAUGUUAAGUAUUUUUUUAAAGAACAUUGGGAAUGGGAGCAUGAAGGGAUAUUAAACAAAAGUAAUUGAAUAUAGGAAGAAGAGCCAUUUUAAUUAGAAUAGCUCAGUAAACUAGGGUCAUCAGGAGAAGAGCCUACUUCACUAGAGUUCACAGUUUCGUCAGGGACUAGCUCAGUGGUUUUCAACCCGUAGGCCACAUGCGGCCCAAUUAGCACACAGCUGCAGCCCAGCUCAGCUGUGUGCUAAAGGCUGGCCCAUGUAGUGGGAUCUGGGUUCUGGCUGCCCAGGGUGACAGGGUCUGUGGCUGCCGCCCAGCCCCACAACCUCUGGGCGUCUGUGGUGGGGGCAGCCGCCUGGCCCCAUGAGCUCUGGGGUCAGGCACCGGCCAGCCCCGUGAGCUCUAGGGGUUCAGGGUCGGACAGCCAGCCGGUCCCGUGAGCUCCGGAGGUCUGGGGUGAGGGUCUGGGCUGCUGGUCCCCUGCCACCCAGCCCCUGCAGCCCAGGUAACACAUUGUGGGCCACAUAUGUAGCCCACAAUGAUAAAUAAGUUGAGAACCACUGGACUAGCUUGUAGUGAAAGUCAAAUACAAAAUAGGAUAUAUCCAAAGUAACAUUCAUGCACAGAUUCCUAAUUUAGGAUGUGUAUUGCCCAUUUCAGCUGCCAAAGGGAGGGAACUGUUGGCUAAUGUCAAGUAUUUUCAUUUGUCUUUGUACUGUAGUUUCUACUACAUUAGUUUUAAAUACACCAAUGUGAGUUUGCUCAUAAUGGAGAAAAAGAAAUUAAAUAUGAAUGUGUUACAUGAUUUUCCCAUUGAAUUUUUAGACCAUACCUAGGAACCAUAUUGACUUUAAGGAAGAUCCUGAAUUUAAUCACUUCUACAAGUGCUGUCCUAAAAAAGUAUUACAGUGCAUCCAUGAUUUUUUUUUGAAGUUCAUUUUUAUUCAUCUUACAAUGCCCUCAAUAUGAAACACCAGAUGUAUUUUCUGCAUGAGAAAUCUAACAGGCGGUGCUUCUAUUUCCAGAUACUGACUGCUGUCUCUGCAAAUAAAUAUAUUGACAACAACUACACUCUCAUCAAGCUGUAGUCAUUCAUGAAAAUGCUUAUGUUAAUGCACAUGAUGAUAAUGCCGUGUCAGUGCCACCAAAUCAUUUUUCCAGUAGAAAUUCAUCAUUUCAAAUAAUCAUUAGUGUUUUCAUGAAUUACUACAACUUAAUAAAAGAUAUAGUGACACCCCUGAAAUCAGUGAUAUAGAGUGGAAAAUACUUCUCCAACCCAUCUACUAGGGGAUGAAUCUUUGGGGGGAAAAAAAAAUUAAAUUGGCUGCCUAGUGGCAGAGUCUAUAGUUUCCUGGUUUGAUCUAUUAAUACAAACAUGUUAAUGCUUAAAAAAAAGGCAAUGGAGACAUGCCCUACUGAGUUAAGAAAGCUUCAGAUAAGGCUAGAUGGCCAGAGCUAUCUCCGUGUUGGUCUCACUAUCCAGAACUUCCUAGAAUAACAAAUUCUCUGUGUCAGCUCAGCUUUAGGGAGAUGGUACUAAAGCUUAGUACUUUUUAAACCAGGGCACAAUGCUUUCUUCAUUGCACGCUUGUGCAGAGGAAAGGGAUUUGAUGAAUACGAGGACAAAUCCUGAAGCAAAACUCCUAUUGAUGUCAAUGAGUAAAUUAUGUAUUGGGACUGCAGGUUUUGGUGCAUGAGCAAUAUGUCCAAAUUAUUUCUAAUACAGCCUUGUUUUUUGACAUCUUAUACAAGAGGUGUGGCGUGGGUCUAUGACUCAGGCCCUAAGAAAGAAAACUUCUACAAUUCUUCUAGGAUAUCCACUAUCCACAGGUGCUGGUGCUAGGGGUGCAGCAGCACCCUUGGACUUGAAGUGGUUUCCAUCAUAUACAGGGUUUACAGGUUGGUUCAAUGGCUCUCUGCACCCCCACUAUACAAAUUGUUCCAGCACCCCCUGCCACUAUCUUCAUUUUUUACAGAUAUGUUAAAUGAGAAGCUUUUGCCCAUUUUCAGUAGCAGAUAUUAAAAGCUGGUCGUCAUAUUCUUACAGUAUACAUGAACCAGUGAACUGAUAAUUAUACAAAAGGAAAGGGAGUUGAAAUAUUACCAUCUUGUUUAAUUCAUGAAAUGGAUAUAGAUACUAUACUAAGAAACGAGACCUAAAUUAUUUCACUGUCUACAGUGGGGAUACUGUUUGAAAAGGUAAAGUAAGUGCAAACAUUUUAACAAACAGAACUGCAGUUGCUUUAUAGGGUAAAGGACUAAAUAUAAUUCAGUCAUUUAAUCUUAAUAAGAACAUUGUUAUAAUAAUAUCUUUUGACUUUAAUAGGGCUGUAUAUAUGAAUGGAGGUUGUAAAAUAAUUGUAAUUUAAAAUUAUGUUAAAUCUGUUAGAUCAGUAAAGGCAUUUACAUUACUAGCACGAGAUUAGAAUAUUUUUAUAAUAAUUGCUAUUU